GUGGACGUUUGUAAAAAUAGCAGCAGUCCCUAUACUGGCCUCUUUCCUGAAGAUAACUCAACCCUGGCUGUGGACAUCUACAAAGGGGGUGUUGUGCUGGGCUGUUACUUUGGGCCUGCCACACUCUACAUCUGGGCAGUGGGCAUCCUGGCUGCAGGACAGAGCUCCACUAUGACAGGAACCUAUUCUGGCCAGUUUGUCAUGGAGGGAUUCCUGAACCUAAGAUGGUCACGUUUUGCCCGAGUGAUUCUGACUCGCUCUAUCGCCAUCAUCCCCUCUCUGCUUGUUGCUGUCUUCCAAGAUGUAGAGCAUUUAACAGGGAUGAACGACUUCUUAAAUGUUCUCCAGAGCUUGCAGCUUCCCUUUGCUCUCAUACCCAUCCUCACAUUCACGAGCUUGCGGCCAGUCAUGAGUGACUUUUCCAAUGGAAUAGGCUGGAGGAUUGCAGGUGGGCUCUUGGUCCUUAUCGUCUGUUCAAUCAACAUGUACUUUGUAAUAGUGUAUGUCCAGGAACUAGGACAUGUGGCACUGUAUGUGGUGGCUGCUGUCGUCAGUGUGGCUUAUCUGAGCUUUGUGUUCUACCUGGGCUGGCAAUGUUUGAUUGCACUGGGCUUGUCCUUCCUGGACUGUGGGCACACGUAUCACCUGGGAUUGACAGCUCGGCCUGAACUCUACCUUCUCAACACUGUGGAUGCUGACCACCUGCAUCUAAAUGACUAACAGCCUGAACUGCUUUGUCUGUGCCCUCUGUGCUACGUGUGUGUUAGCAUCUCUGUUAGUUCAGAGGUGAGUUUUUGUUCAAGCACUUUGAACAAAAGGUGAAGAUUUCCUCGUGGGAAUUGUUACAAGCUGAGAGCUCAAAGUGUAGGUCAGAGACCCACCUACCUCACAACAGCCACUACCAUAGCCAAAGUUAAACGAUUGGCCAUACAUCCUGUGGGCUGUGUCUUGUCUUCUAAGAUUUAGAAGAUGUAGAUUUAUUUAGGUAAAUCUGAGCAUAUCCGUUAGAUGGGAUUUUAAGAUUAUCUAAAAGUGAUAGAGCUUUUGUAUUUUUUUUAAUUGUUCCGAUCAAUCAGGUAGUCGUUUUGUUUGACUCACAGGUGAGGAAAGAAAGGGAAUAAUGCUCUUUUUCGUCGUGAACUGGUCAAAUGGAUUGUCUUUUAAACUGAUUCUUUACUAUGCCAGU